AUGGCCGAUCACGGGCCACACAAAGCAGUGUUCCUUCGGCUCCUAGAAAUCCUCUCGAUAGUCGUCCUAUUCUCGCUUCACGCUUCGUCAGCAACCACACGCACGGUGGCUACGCCUCCGGUCUCAUGCCGUCCUGACCAGGCAUCGGCGCUGCUCCAGCUGAAAAGAUCCUUCACCACCACCGGUUACUCCACCAUUGCGUUCCGGACAUGGAGGACCGGCACGGACUGCUGCCGCUGGGCGGGCAUUAGGUGUGCCCAAGCCAACGGCCUCGUCACUUCCCUGGACUUGGGAGAGCGCGGUUUGGAGAGCGGAGGUUUGGACUCCGCACUCUUUGCUUUGACCUCUCUUGAGUACCUUAACCUUGCCUACAAUGACUUCAAUGGGUCGCUGCUACCAUCCAGUGGGUUUGAGCGCCUCACGAAGCUCACCUACCUUAACUUAUCUAGUUCUAGCUUCUCGGGUCAGUUGCCAACAACGGGCAUAGGGAGCCUGACAAAUCUUAUAUCCCUUGACCUGUCUACUAGCUAUGAAAUCCUUGACGUAUUCUAUCAUGGUUUCUAUCCCACCUUCCAUACAAGUUCAGAUUCUAUACGGCUUGUGGAGCACAACUUUGAAGGCCUAAUCCAUAACCUUAGUAAUUUAAGGGAGCUACACCUUGGCUUUGUGGACCUGUCAAGCAGCGGGGCGCGAUGGUGCAAGGCCCUAGCCAUAAACUGUCCUCAACUUUUGGUGCUUAGCUUACCAUAUUGUCGACUCUCAGGUCCCGUAUGUGGCUUACUUUCUAGUACCUUGCACUCAAUUUCUGUUAUCAAUCUAGAAUUUAAUCAUUUAUCUGGCCCAUCCCAAGAUUUCUUUACCAACUUAUCCACCAACUUAUCCAAUCUGACUACUCUCCAACUUGGACGAAACUCUCUUCAAGGAUGGAUACCUCCUGCAACCUUUCAACAUAAGAAACUACUGAGUAUCGAUCUUUAUGGCAACCGUCAAAUUUCUGGCUACUUACCAAACUUCUUAAACGGUUCUAGUUUGGAGAACCUGAAUGUUGGAGGAACGGAUUUCUCUGGUACAAUACAAGGUUCGAUUGGCAACCUCGUACAUUUGAAGAAGUUGGGGCUUGGUGCAAAGCGCUUUUCGGGAGAGCUACCCUCAUCAAUUGGAAAAAUCAAAUCCUUGAUUGCAUUAGAGAUUGCUGGACUGGGAAUAGUAGGUUCCAUGCCACCGUGGGUUGCAAACCUGACAUCUUUGAUGUCGCUUCGGAUCUACCACUGUGGCUUAUCGGGGCCUAUACCUUCUUUCAUUGGUGACUUGAGGAAUUUGAAAGAUUUCGUGUUGUAUGACUGUGGAUUUUCAGGUGAAAUACCAUCUCAUCAUAUCGCAAACCUGACUCAAAUGGAAGUGCUCAUGCUUUAUUUAAACAACUUCACAGGCAUCCUGGAUCUCAACUUUAUUACGAAUCUGCCCAAUCUUAAGGCGUUGGAACUCUCUGACAAUAACCUUGUUGUGAUCGAUGGAGAAGACAAUUCUACAUUAGCAUCCUUUCCCAAAAUCCUAGUCAUAGGUCUUCGGAGUUGCAGCCUUUCUAAAUUCCCCAGUUUCUUGAGGCACCAAGAUGAGCUCGACUCGGUUGACCUUUCGGAUAACAAUAUCCGCGGUGCUAUACCAUCCUGGGUAUGGGACACAUGGAACUACCCUCUUUUCGCUUUGGACCUCUCAAACAACGAACUAACUAGUGUUGGCUAUACCUCUUAUCUUCUUCCUCUACAGGUAGAAAUAUUCCUACUUAACAACAACUUGUUUGAGGGGUACAUACCUAUACCUCGAGACUAUGCACACAUUCUGGACUACUCAACCAACAUGUUCUCAUCUGUACCUCCCAAUUUCAGCUCCCAUCUUACUGAUGUAACCCUCUUUUGGGCCACGAGCAAUAACUUGUCUGGAAAAAUUCCAUCAUCCUUUUGUGGAGGCACCAGUAUACAAAUCCUCGAUCUAUCUUACAACAACUUUAGUGGAUCAAUCCCUUCUUGUUUGAUGGAAAAUGUCAACGGGAUGGAGUCAUUGUCUUUAACUGAAAAUAAACUAGCUGGGAUGCUGCCAGAUACCAUCAAGGAAGGCUGCUCAUUUGUGUCAAUAGAUUUCAGUGGUAACUGCAUUGAUGGGAAGCUGCCCAGAUCUCUUAUUGCUUGUGCAAACUUGGAGAUCCUUGAUGUUGGUAAUAAUCAGAUUACCGACACAUUUCCAUGUUGGAUGAGUAGACUUCGUGGACUCGGAGUCCUUGUCCUGAAAUCCAACAAACUCUUCGGACAGCUUGCGCAAUCUAUUGAAGACGACAAGACUUAUUGUGCAUUCCCAAGUGCAACAAUAAUUGAUAUAUCAUCAAACAACUUCACUGGUACAUUACCCCAGGGAAAAUGGUUUCAGGAGUUGAAGUCGAUGAUAUUUAUAGAACCAAAUAAAUCACUGGUCAUGGAGCACGAAGUUCCAAAUACAGGAUCAUAUAGAUAUCAGUAUAGUGCUGCAUUCACAUAUAAAGGACAGGACACGAGAUUUCAUGAGAUACUAAGAACACUUGUAUUUAUUGAUUUCUCCAAUAAUGCAUUCCAUGGUAGCAUCCCUGCAGCUAUCGGGAAACUUGGUUUGCUACAUGGCCUCAACAUUUCACAUAACUCUCUCACCGGUCCGAUUCCAUCUCAGCUCGGGCAUUUGAGGCAGUUGGAAGCUUUGGAUCUGUCUUUCAAUGAGCUAUCUGGUGAAAUCCCACAAGAGCUAGCAUGGAUGGACUUCCUCACGACAUUGAAUCUGUCUGACAACAAGUUGGUGGGAAGUAUACCACAAUCGCCUCAUUUCUUCACAUUCACUAACAGCUCAUUUCUAGGAAAUGACGGCUUAUGUGGGGCUCCGUUAUCAAAAAAGUGCAUCAGCAAAAUAACAGCAAGCUCACAUGUUUUCAAGAAGAAAUCUGUAGACAUUGUGUUAUGCCUCUUUGCUGGACUAGGAUUUGGUAUUGGGAUUGCAAUUGCAAUUGUUGUGGCAUGGGGGAUCCCCAUUAGAAAACGCCGAACUUAA